AUGUCGCUAGAACCUGGCCCAGCGAAGAUUCCACAAGGGACGUCCCCGAUUACCAACACUCAGUACUUUCCGCACUCCUUCAACUGUAUGCAAGAAGUCUACUCCAUUUCCAAAGGCCAGAAUAAAGCCCUUGGAAAGUUCAACCGGCCGAGAAAAGUUGGUCAUUUCUCGAUCGAUGGGGAGCGCAAAUUCAAAGACGACGAUUCCGAGCUGAAAUAUUUUGCACCUCCUGUGAAUAAAUUCAAUCAAAAAAUGAGAAGGCCAAAUUUUAACUUGAACAACGGAAUGCAUGACCCGAAUAACGUCAAAAAGGACGAGAAACAUUUCGAGGGACUCGAUAAUUUGCUCAGAUGGGCGACGCUUCAUUGGGAUAAAGUUUCGGGCGAAGGAGUUCCGCAGCCGCAUGUAGUGACUUGGAGAGGGGUGCUGACGAAAAUCAUGAAUGCUCCUUUCGACAACAAAACGCAAUGGAACAUCCUCGCCAUCAAACACAAAGGGACCAUUUACUUAUGCGAGUACAAGACAGAAGAGCAGCACGCCGACCUGGAAUCGCUUCCACACUGGGUCAAAAAGACGAUUUACUGGGGACGCAAGGUUGAGACAUUUCUAACAGCUAAUACACCCGGCGGUCCGCCAAGACCUGAAGAACCGGUGAAUGAAAAUAGUGAGUACGUCAGCGUCUUCAGAAGUCAGCUUGGGCAGAUUCAACUUAUGUAUGGAGCUGAAGUUGACUGCGUCGAUCACACUCUUGAUCCUCAGAAAUUCGCGUCGCCGUCGAACUUCAUCGAAAUCAAAACACAACGCGAGCUGAAAGACAAACAAAGAAAAGAAGUCUUUAGAAAAUACAAAUUGAGCAAAUGGUGGGCGCAGUCCUUCCUCGCCGGCAUCCCUCGGGUCAUGACCGCUUUCCGUGACGAUAGAGGAUUUGUGACUAAUUUGGACAUUAUCGAAACGCAAUCUAUGCCCCGUCAAGCUGCUCUUGAAGCGUAUUCUUGGAAACCAAGCACUAUGCUCGGUUUUCUUGAGCGCUUUUUGACGUUCGUAAGAGAUGUGAUGGCUAAAGUCGACGACUGCACUUACGUUUUUGAAUGGAAUCCAGAAUGGGAAGGUGUUUGUUUCACAUUUGACCCUGAUCAGCAAAAAGAAACCUUUUUCCUCCCUACUUGGUAUCGAGAUCACAUAAACAGUGCUGCAGUAAAAGCUGCAGAAGCGAAAAUCCAAGCUGAACGGGAAAAAGCAGAAAUCGCCGAAAAAGUCGCCGCCACGAAAGAAGGAGAACCUAUCGUUUUAGACUAA